AUGGACCGAUCUACCAUAAAAGAUGCAAUCAUUCGCAGAUACCGGCAACCGCAGAUGACUCCGGGUGACUCUGAAAGCAGUAUAUUAUGUCCACAGCGCUCCCUUAUCACUGAUAGCCUAGAGGAGUCGCUCAGAACCGCACAGCAAUUGAAAUUUGGCGCUUAUUGUGAAGUGCUGAAACAAAGCUACCGACCUCCUAGAUGCGGUCAUCACCGCCUUGCACAAGGAAGCACAGUCAUCGAGGUGUCACUUUGUACCUUGCAGUUGAUAAAGUUUUUGCGAUGGGCUUUUCGAACCGCUCUUGCGGUAUUUUGA